AUCUUAUUCUCCUCUCUCCUUUGCAGCUGCAAACAGUGCUUUUGCUUCUACUUUUUUUUAGAUCUAAAAUUGUGUUCUAACUCACUGUACGAUCGCGUGAGGAUUUACAAUUCAACGAUUUGUUUUAGCUGUUGCCAUGGUGAAUUGUAAUAUCACAGCUCCAUUAAUGAUGCCUUUUGAACUAUUUCAAAUCAGCUUUUCUGGAACCAGAAACCCAGAGUUUCCCAUCUGAGGGUAAAUCAACUCAGAGUUCAGGGAUAGGCUCAGGGUUAGGUGAACUUUCUACCUGGAACGGGGCCCAGGACUUGACUGCAGGAUGAGCUGUCUUAGUGAAUCAGGUGCCGAACACAUUCAGACUGAGGCCAUGAAGCUACAGCAAAUAUUUGCCUUGCACCAUUUUCUCAGUUAAUUUAGUUCAAUUAGUCGGGUGCAAUAUGACAAACACAUUCAUGGUGAUAUUCCUUACAUUCCAUCAAUAUGUAAUAACAGUUGUGUUUUUUCACCCUUCUUGUCCUCAGAGUGUAGAUAUGUCUGCUGCUGCCAGCUGUCUGCUGACUGAAGAUCAGUUUCUGUGCUCCAUCUGUCUGGAUGUGUUCACUGAUCCAGUCACCAUACCAUGUGGACACAACUUCUGCAAAACCUGCAUCACUAAACACUGGGAUAUUAAUGUCCCCUAUCAGUGUCCCAACUGUAAAAAGGUUUUCUACACAAGACCUGAGCUGCAGGUCAAUACUUUCAUCUCUGAGAUGGCUGCUCAGUUCAGACAGUCAGCUCAACAGAAAGCCAGCAGCAGCAGCAGCUCAGAGCAGCAAGUUUCUGAACCAGAAGUUCCCUGUGACGUCUGCACUGGAACCAAACUGAAGGCCCUGAAGUCCUGCCUGGUGUGUCUGGAGUCCUACUGUGAGACUCAUCUACAGCGCCAUCUGACAGCGUCAGGCCUGAAAAGACAUCAGCUGAUCGACCCUGUGGAGAACCUGGAAGGCAGGAUGUGUCCGAAGCACGAUAAACUGCUGGAGCUGUUCUGUAAGACCGACCAGAUGUGUGUCUGCAUCCUCUGCAUUGUUUCAGACCACAAGACACAUGAUGUUGUUCCUCUGAAAGAAGGAUAUGAAGGAAAGAAGGCUAAGCUUGAGGGUGAAAUUCAGCAGAUGAUUCAGAAGAGACGACUGAAGAUUGAAGAGAUCAAACACUCAGUGGAGCUCAGUAAGGAAGAUGCAGACAGAGAGACAGCAGAUGGUGUUCAGGUCUUCACCGCUCUGAAGGAGUCUGUUGAGAGAAGCCAGGCCGAGCUCAUCGACACGAUCAAAGAGAAGCAGAGAAAGACAGAGAAACAGGCUGAAGACUUCAUCAAAGAGCUGGAACAGGAAAUCUCUGAGCUGAAGAAGAGAAGCACGGAGGUGGAGCAGCUCCUACAGUCUGAAGACCACCUCCACCUCCCCCAAAGCUUCACCUCUGUGAACGCUGCUCCACCCAUCAAAGACUGGACAGAAGUCAGCGUCCAUAUAUCUUCAUAUGAGGGGACUGUGGUGAGAGCUGUGAAUCAGCUGGAGGAGACGCUCCGUAAACAGAUGAAGAAGCUGCUUGCUGAGGCUGAGCUGAAGAGGGUCCAGCAGUCUGCAGUGGAUCUGACACUCGAUCCUGAUACAGCAAAUCCCUGGCUCAUCCUGUCUGAUGAUGGAAAACAAGUUAGCUGUGGUAAUGUAAAGAACAAUCUCCCAGACAACCCAGAGAGAUUUACUUGUUAUGGUAAUGUGUUCUCAAAGCAGAGUUUCUCUUCAGGAAGAUUUUACCACGAGGUUCAGGUUAAAGGGAAGACUGAGUGGGGUUUAGGAGUGGCCAGAGAGUCGAUCAACAGGAAGGGACUCAUCACACUGGCACCUCAGUAUGGUUACUGGACAAUAUUGUUGAGGAAUGAAAAUGAAUACAAAGCUCUUGCUGGCCCUGCAGUCCGUCUCUCUCUGCAGUCUCGUCCUGAGAAGGUGGGGGUGUUUGUGGAUUAUGAGGAGGGUCUGGUCUCCUUUUAUGACGUUGAUGCUGCAGCUCUUAUCUACUCCUUUACUGGCUGCUUCUUCACUGAGAAACUCUACCCAUACUUCAGUCCAUGUAAUAACAAUGCUGGUAAAAACUCUGCCCCUCUGGUCAUCUCUCCUGUCAAUAGCACUGAUUAGAACAACCGUUUGAUUUUCUACAGAAGACAACAGAUUUUAAGACAAUGAUAGACUAAAUUAGAAAAUAUGAAAUGUACUUUAAUGAAUGUAUUACCUGCCUUCAAGACUGCUCAAUCGUCAGCAACAAUGGACUUUUACCAUUUUAAAUUAAAGAACAAAUUAAGAGAUCUCUUUCUAGAACCUUUUCUGGGGUAAAUUUUGUACAUAUUUAUUAGUACAUUAUUAUUAGUUUUGCACAUCAGAGAAAAUUUGUCUGCCUGCUGUGUUUUUAUUUCAAAUUGUUUUCAUCUCUCUAUAGACUGUAAAGUUUGAACAA